GCGGCGGAGGCGCUGCGGGACCGGGGCGAUGCGGCGCUACCUGCGCGUCGUGCUGCUAUGUGUGGCCUGCGGCUUCUGCUCGCUCCUUUACGCCUUCAGCCAGCUCGCCGUGUCCCUGGAGGAAGGAGCGGACGGCGGUGGCGGGAAGCCGCAGGCCGCAGCGGCUUCCUGGCUCGCGGGCGGCGGACGCGGCGCCGUGAGAGGGGCGGGCAGCGCGGGCCCCGCAGCGCAUCCCGGCCGGUCGGACAGGUGUAAAGAUUUCUCUCUGUGUUACUGGAAUCCCUAUUGGAUGCUGCCCUCUGAUGUUUGUGGAAUGAACUGCUUUUGGGAAGCGGCUUUUAGGUAUAGUCUGAAAAUACAGCCUGUUGAGAAAAUGCACCUAGCUGUAGUGGCCUGUGGUGAAAGACUGGAAGAAACUAUGACCAUGUUGAAGUCAGCUAUCAUUUUCAGCAUCAAACCUCUUCAGUUUCAUAUUUUUGCUGAAGAUCAGCUACAUGAUAGCUUUAAAGACAGACUUGACAGCUGGUCAUUUCUACAAACAUUUACUUAUACAUUAUAUCCCAUAACCUUUCCAAGUGAGAAUGCAGCGGAGUGGAAAAAACUCUUUAAACCAUGUGCUUCCCAAAGAUUGUUCUUGCCAUUAAUCCUGAAAGAAGUGGACUCACUAUUGUAUGUUGACACUGACAUCCUUUUUUUACGACCUGUUGAUGAUAUUUGGUCUUUACUAAAGAAGUUUAAUACCACACAAAUUGCUGCAAUGGCACCAGAACAUGAGGAGCCUCGAAUAGGAUGGUAUAAUCGUUUUGCUAGACAUCCAUACUAUGGAAAAACUGGAAUAAACUCUGGAGUUAUGUUGAUGAACAUGACUCGAAUGAGGAGGAAGUAUUUCAAGAAUGAUAUGACAACUGUACGACUACGAUGGGGAGAUAUACUUAUGCCAUUGCUUAAAAAAUACAAACUAAACAUCACAUGGGGUGAUCAAGAUCUAUUGAAUAUCAUGUUUUUUCAUAAUCCAGAAAGCCUUUAUGUUUUUCCAUGUCAAUGGAAUUAUCGACCAGAUCAUUGUAUAUAUGGAAGCAAUUGCCAAGAAGCAGAAGAAGAAGGAAUCUUUAUUCUUCAUGGGAACAGAGGUGUUUACCAUGAUGAUAAGCAACCAGCAUUUAGAGCUGUUUAUGAAGCACUGAGAAAUUGUUCUUUUGAAGAUGACAGUAUCCAUUCCUUAUUAAAACCUUUAGAACUGGAACUACAAAAGACAGUGCAUACAUACUGUGGGAAGAUUUACAAAAUAUUUGUCAAACAACUAACAAAAAGCAUAAGAGACCGUUAUGACAGACCACCAAAGGAAAGGUGAUUCUUGGUGAUUGAUAAAUCAAGUGGAUGAAAACGACAAAGUAUUAGAGGAUAAGUGUGAAGGAAUAGUCGUGGAUGAAGUAUUCAGGAAGGAAUUAUUCAUCUCCAGAAUAAUUUUUUUCCUGAAGAAGUUAAAUGAGUAGUAUAUUUAUAUAAUGAAGAAUAACCUUGAUCUCCAACAAGAAGACGUUUUUGAUCCCUGAUGUUUUGUAGUGUUACUUGCUGUCAUUCCAGUACUGAUGAAAAUAUUAUCAAAUGGUUGUAGCCUGCAGAUUUCUGUUGACUCUUACUCUCAAAUGAGUGAGAAUGGUAGGGUGUAUGGAUGGAGAAAAUGUACCUCAUACACAGUGGAAACACUCACACUGUGAGUAUAGCAAUAAUUUUAUGUGAGCACUAACCUCACUUUAAAUGUGUGAGAAAAAAGUUGUUUACAGGAGCAGAAAAGGUUCUGUUUCUAAAGAAAUGUGAUGUAAACAUUGACAAUCUAUGUGUGCCUUUAUACAUUUCAUCUCUGUUUUAAAAUAUUUUUGUGACAAUCAUGUUUAAAAUUAUUUUUAGAUUGUAAGCUGCAUGUUAAAAAUUGAGCUAUAUAAAAAAGAGGAAAAAUAGUGAAAACUUUGGGGUUUUGUUCCAUGAAUAUGUUUGUGAGAGUGAGGAGAGGGGAGAGAGAGAGAAAAAAUGUAGUGUUUUCAUUUUGUGAGUGUUAAACUGUCUUACCAAAACUUAGAUAUAAGAUUGUUAAACAAAUCUUUGGGGAUUUUUUUUUUUUUUUUUAUCACUUUAAAUGAAAAUUUUCAGCUUUACUGGGCAUUCUGGAAGCAAAUAAAUUAUGUUGAUAAUAAAGUGAGAACCUUAAUAGUAUACUAAUAUAAUGGUGGAAAAUGUGAUGGACCAAAAUGCAUAAGCUGUAUACAUACUGCAAUCAGUAGUUGUAGUUACAAUGAAGUAGAAAAUGGUCCACUUAAACAUUUCUUCUACCUCAAAAUGACCUUGUAAGAUAUUUUCGAAGCAAAUGAAUAGAACCUUACUUUAUGUAAGUUAGACAACUUUGGUGGAUGACUUGGUUUAAGAAGGUUGUUACAUCUGACUAUGGAAAAAGUGGUUUUGAUUGGAUUAAUGUGCAUAUCUUCCUUUUUUGAACAUCACUUAAGACAGUUAAUUUUUUUAAAUCUUGAAGAUGAGAAAAAUAUUACUUCUCUUGUGUUCUUCAUCUGCUAUCUUAGAUUCUGAGUACUUAGCAUGUACUGUGCUAGGGCACACAUCAUUUUACCAAGUGCAAUGUGGUUAUCUUCUUUUUCUCUCUUUGAUACUUUAAUGCUUAAAUAGAGAAGGAAAAUCAUGAAGGAAAAAUAUCACUCCUGUGAAAAUUGUGGCAAUUGGCUUUGUGAAGAUAGAAUGGCCUCUGCGGAGACACGGAAUAUGCAGAACAAGAUGGUCAGUGCAGUUGUCACCUGUCCUUCUGCAGUUCAGUCAAGGAUAAACUAAGAGAGGAGAUUAAGAAGGGCGAAUUAGACGUUAGCCAGCCUAGCACUCUUAGAACAGAUGGUUUUAGAGAGCAGGAGCUGUACUUCCUUGGCAGAAUGCCAUUGUGAAUAUAAGAACCUGUGAACUGUGUUGUGUUGAAACUGAGUUUGCUGAGUAAAAAAUGAGAAUUCUAAAAUUUUGAAGUUUGGAGGGUAAAUAAAUAUAAGGUCAUUUAUAAUGGCCCCCAGAUUAGACCGUUGCUUUCCUGGCUAUGUAAGACUCUCUGGAGCUUGUUAAGAAUAAAUUCCUGAACUUCACCCUUUGGAGACUCUGGAGUCUACAAAAAAUUUUUUAAUGAAGAAAUUUGAAAAUUAAGUGAAAGUGAAGAGCAUAAUGCAGUGGUGCUUAACAUUCAGAUCUAACACAUCAAUAUUUUACCAUAUUUUCUUCAUUUAUCCCUUUUUCUUUGUUGAACUAUCUUAAAUAAAAUCCCAGACAUCAUGUUAUUUUACAUCUCUGACCGCUUUGGUAACUACAAUGACAUCAUAGCUAACAAAAGUAGUAACAGUGCUUUCAUUUAAUAUCUAGUCCUUAAACAAAUUUUCCUGAUGAUCUUAAAUAUUCCAUCUUUUAGUUUGUUAGAAUCAGGGUACAAAACUAAAUUGAUCCCAUUUUUAACAGCACCUCAGAUGGUUUUGAUGUCAGCUAGUUUGGGAACCACUGGAAAUUAUUUUGCCAACUUGAGGGUGAAAGUGAGGAUGCCACAUUUCUUGGCACAGUUGGUAGAUUAUAAGUGUGAUUUUGAAAUAUUAUAUUGGGGGAAGCAGUUAUUGACAAGACUUGGAUUUAUAUUAAUAAAUUUCUUAAAAUUUAAUUUCCUCAGUGAAUGUAGAAUCUCAGCCCUGUGGGCUCUAAUACUAUUGAUUGGGACUGUGUGGAAUGUGGUCAUCGUUUAACCCAACUGGACUGUGGUCUCACUCAUCUGUGGCUUGUUUAUAUUGUUACACAGUCUGCAUUGUGGAUCAUUUGGAAGGUUCUUUAUCAGGUCUAUACAGACCUGACCUAAGUGAGCAUUUUAACAUAAAUUGGGUUAUGGUGAAUACGCUCUGUUUAGGUACUGUUUUUACCUAAAUUUAAGGGUAUCACAGUAUGUUUAUAACAAUUUAAAAAUGAAUUAUCUGAGUUUAUCUUUAGACAAAGUAACUUUUUCCUUGAGAAUUGUUAGGAAAUGCAGUUCUCAGAGUUAAUGAGGUUAAAUUAUAGAUGGACAGCUUGAAGAACUUACUACAUAUUUUUCAGUAUAAAUGAUCUUUCAUAAAACAUUGUAUAUCUAUGCAGUUUAUGUAAAUUACAUGAUAUAGUCUUUGAGUCUGUGUGUUAGAACAAUUUUGACCUCAGAAAUAUCUCUGGGCUACAGUAUUACCAAAGUGGAAUAACUUUAAAAUGGAGUCAAACUUCAUUUGUGUGAAGUAGCCAUCUUAAAAGAACUUGGAAAACCUUUAGAACAUACAUAUUAUGAUUUACAUUUUAAGAAAAUACAUACUUUGUUUUCUUUUUUUAUGAAGAGUAGUUCACAAUGUAUAAGGUAACCAAGUUACCUUUGGACACUUUAGAGCCUGGGACAAUAUUACUGUUCUUUCUUUGCUCUCUCAUCUUGCUUCCAGUUAGGUGUUAUUGGUGUAAUGAAAAGAAGACCAGACUGUGAACUAGAUUUGGAUUCUCUUCUUGGCUAGGGACCUCAGAUAUGUCAUUUAACCUUCUCUGUGCCUUAGGUUUUUAAAUACAAUCAAUAUGCCCUUCAAACCUCUAAAGAAGAUGAAACUCUGAAGAGAUCAUGGAUUUCAAAGCAUUCUGCUUGGCUUACAUUAUGCUACACCAGUGUUACUGUCUUAGUUCUCUUUUGCCCUGGGUUCUCCUGUAGAGAUUAUUCCAUUUCCUUAGGCUGAAUGUUUUCUGACGUAUAUCUCCAGCAUGAGUUUUGUUUAUAUUAAGUAAGGAAAAGCUUUUAAGGAAGAGAAAGUUGAGAAGAAAAGAAUAAUGUAAAUGAAUAAUUAAAAAAGAAGGAAAAUAGAGAAAGUGAGAAAAAGGGAGAGGGAAGAGAAGGAAAGAGAGAACGGCAAAAGGCGGAGUAAGAGAAGAUGGAAUGAGAGUGGGAAAACCAAGAUGGAGAGUGAUGGUGUGGAAACAUUUACUUUUAGAGUUGUAGUCCCCUACCAUAUGUCACUGCCUACUUGCCUUGGCUCUCUGGGGUCAGGAAAGGUGUUGGCUUCCAUGGAAGGGUGCAGCAGGGCUAGCUUUAUUUGAUUUGUUGAUACUAGAUUUGCUUCCUGACCAUCCUACUCACUGAUCAUUUAAUACUUAUUCAACAUUUUAUCUUUUUACUGGAUCCCAGUUUGUGAGCUAGGACUUGUGGAAACACAAAUAUCUUCUUUGUCCUUUAGCCAUCCCAUAUGUUGUGUUAUGCAAGACUAACCACAUAUGCAGCAGGGGAGGCUGGGGCUAGAGGGGACUGCUUUCUUGGGUCUGAAGGGGGCCCAGGAAUCUAUUGCAGCAGCUUUCCCAGAUGAUUUUGAUAGGAAGCCAGGUUUACAAAUCACUGCCCUGCCUUGAAUGGCAGAUUAAACAAUAAAUUACAACUAUUUAUUCCUCAGUAUGGAUACUUUCAGUUGAGUCGUUACGAGUGAAUUCGAAAGAACAGGAGAUGGCAGAAAUACAUUAAAGGGAAAAACCUUAAAAGAUAUUAUUAUUCAUUGUCUUUUUCAGACACUUGUAAGUAAUAAAUACCUUUGUAGUAAUCAACACCUCCUUGAGAUAUUUUUAGAAAGACCACUGAUCUGUUUUUUUAAAAUAACUUUUUUGGGUCUUUACAGUAAAUAGAGAAGAAAAGUAGGGGUGCAAUAUUUCAGGUGUGGGGCCAGUUAUCCAUUUAUCGAAUGCAAUUUCAAGUGUCUUAAAACAAUAAUUGCCUUAUUGCAUUUUAAUAUUAAGUAGAUUAAUGAUUGUACUAGAACAGUUUUCCGUUUAUACAUUGCCAAAGCAACCUUUUUUUGCUUAUUAAAGUCUGGCUAGGCUGGCCAGUUAGCUCAGGUGGUUAAAGCACAGCCUUGUAAUACCAAGGUCACGGGUUUGGAUCUCUGAACUGGCCAGCCACCAAAAUUAAAUAAGUAAAUAAAUAAAAUCUUGCUGGCUAAACUGUUCUGAUGUUUAGUAUUUCUUAGUUCAUUGAACCUGAAACUAGAUUUUUAAAAUUGUUAUAAAUUUAAUACAGAAGUAUAAGAAGUACAGAAUUUUAAAAAUAACUAAAAAUGAAUAUGAUGUUAUUCAAAUAUCUAGCAAUUACAGAAUCAUGAGAAAAACAAGAAUAUAGCAUAUUGGAUUGGGGAAUUUAAAAUUGCAAAUCAAUGUCAGAUUACUUUUAAGUGGGAAAUAUGUAUCGUCAACUCAUUUUACCAAUUAUUCCAAAUUUUUAAUGGGAUUAUUUCUUUAGAAUUUUCUAUCAACUCAAUUUUCAAACUCAGAGAAACUUUGAAAAGGUAAGGGAAAAAAAUAGAAAGGAAAAUUUUUCUUACUAGUACUGUGAAUACUACUUGGAAGGUCUGUGGUCAGACAUUUUAAUAUCAAAAUUAAGAACUGAUAUGGAGCCUUUGAUUAUGUUUAGUUUAUAUAUACAACCUGAAUAUGUGAGCAUAUUCAUACAUGUAACAUACCAUAGCAACCCUUUGUAAAAACCAAUGAAGAGAAUGCAACAGUGUAUAUUUCAUUUAAAAAGUAAAUUGACUUUGACUAUGACAGAAAGUAGCUGUAUCCAACUUUUGUUUAAAAUCUCUUCCAGGAAUAUUGGAAUAUUAUUUUUGUCAUGCAAAUUUCAUCAGGUUUGUAGUAUUGCUGUGGAGUGUGUCAUCCAUUCAAAACUUAACAGCGCAGCAGGCAUCACGUGCAUUGGUAUCAGCAUUUGAGAGCUGGACCAAUGGGUUUUGAUGGAUACUAUGACAAGAUCUAUGAAGGAGAUGGUGGUUUACACCUGUUCCUGAAAUCAUAAACUGGAAAUCAUUGCAGGUGUUUCCAUUUUCUCAAGCAUUUUGCAUCAAUAUAUUAAUAUUUUGAGUAGUAAUAGUUCUAAAGCUCCAGGAAGGCAUCAUGGUGUACUGUAAUAUGUAGAGAUUAGUACCUUAAACUGCUUCUUACCUUAAAAUAUUUUAGUUUUAAAAUAAUGUGAAUAUCUUUCUCCAAGUAUUUUGUCAGUUAUUAAAAGCGAGUGUAAAUUUACAGAUUUGGGUCUAACCUGACAGUAAUGGAAAGUUGCUUAUUCUGUUUUGGAGGAGUUCAGCUCAUCUUUUUCUUGAGAAACUGUGUGUUGCUCUUGCUAAAUAAGCAUACAAUCAAUAAAUGUUUAAUUUCCGUAAA